UUUCUAUUUUUCACCAGCUUAUUUUAUUUUUGAUUCUAAAAGCCUUUGAUCCAUAGCUACCAUGGCUACUGUCUCUGAAGCUUAUCAAGACAAAAAUUUCUACCCUCAUAAUCUCCCCCAAAUCAUCCCUUUAGACUUUGAUGCAAUCCAAACACUACCCGAAUCCCAUGUUUGGCCGGAAUCCGAUGAUUUUCAGUUUAACGACGUCGGUCAGUUAUCGGUACCCACUAUCGACCUUGAGAAGCCAGAUGUCGGAAACCUAAUAGGGCAUGCAUGUGAGACAUGGGGUGCAUUCCAAGUUAUAAACCAUGGAAUUCCCUUAGAAUUACUGCAUGAAGUUGAGUCGGAAACUAGACGGCUUUUUUCUCUUCCGUCGAGGCAAAAGUUGAAGGCGUUAAGAUCACCUGGUGGCGCCACCGGAUACGGCAGAGCUAGAAUAUCUCAGUUCUUUACAAAGUACAUGUGGCAUGAAGGUUUCACCAUUAUGGGUUCGCCUGAAGGUCAUGCUAGACUACUUUGGCCUCAUGACUAUCGACGGUUUUGCAGUGACAUAAUGGAAGAUUAUGAGAAGAAACUGAAGGAGCUAGCCAGGACCCUAAUGCAAAUAAUCUUCGACUACUUGGCCAUAUCCGAAGAAGAAUCGAAACGGGUUGGUUCAGCAAUAGGGUCAAAGGCUCCAAUUCAGCUGAACUCAUAUCCGUACUGUCCGGACCCAGAUCGAGCCAUGGGUCUAGCCCCACAUACAGACACUUCACUGCUGACCAUACUGCAUCAGAAUUCAAUAAAAGGGUUACAAAUAUUCAAACAAGGAGUUGGGUGGAUUUUAGUAAAUCCUACAAGUGGUGCCCUGGUAGUGAACGUGGGUGACUUGUUGCAUAUUAUUUCAAAUGCUAAGUUUCAAAGUGUGGUUCAUCGUGUAGUAAUGAAAGAAGCUAAACAACAAAGGUUGUCUGUAGCUUAUUUUCAUAGUCUAGCUUCUGAUUUCGAUGUUUUUCCUAUGGGUUUGUGCUGUGGACAGAGUCCAUUUUAUCGGUCUGUAUCGGUGGCAGAGUAUCUCGGCAUUAAGGCUAACAAUAUUGACAAUCCAUUGUCUUUCGUUAGAAUUUAAUUAUUUGUCUUUGUGCACCAAGAAAUUAUUAAAUAUAUGUUAUUAAUUAAUAA